AUGAAAUUCCCAUCUAAACUUAUAGUAGCUAAUAUCCCUGGAAAACACUUUCUUCAAGUAGAUUUGAAAACUGGCGGACAACAGCAACUCAUCGGGAUAGAAGGAAGAUUUUUAGAUGAGGUCUCAAAAGCUUUGCACUCUUCUUUGGAAAUUAUUGUAUCUGAAGAUGGCGAAAUAGGACGGAAAGGACCUGACGGUAAUUGGACAGGAAUAAUUGGCUUGGUGCAAAGGGAUGAAGCGGAUUUGGCUAUGAAUUUUUUGGCAAUCACAGAAGAGCGUCUGACAGCUGUGGAUUUCAGUACCAUUUACACCGUGGAUGCUACCACUUUUGUUAUUGGAAGACCCAGUCCUUUACCACCAACUCUGGCUUACUUGUAUCCUUUCGAGCUGAGUUUGUGGGUAAGCUUAGCCUUUAUGUUGUUUCUUAUGCCUUGGUUUAUUUUACUAUUAACAAACACUAAAUCUUCGUAUUUCUGUCUAAUUUUGGAUUUAUUUGGUAAUUUUGUAAAUCAAGAUAUGUCCAUUAGAGAUAACUCAACUCGAAGCAGGGUGCUUUCGAUAUCCUGGAUUGUAUUUACGUAUGUGAUAUCUUUAAGUUACUCAGCUGUUCUGCUGUCAUUCUUGAGUGUUCCUCUUUACAGGCAACCAGUGAAAAAUUUUCAAGAACUUUCAAACGCCAUUAGCAAGAACGAGUUGAAAGCAUUUUUGAUCCGUGGGUCCAUUAUCGAAUAUUUCCUCGAACACUCCCAACAAAAGCAUCUCAGAUACCUUGGAGAUACUAUCAAAAAGGAAGGAUGGUACACGACUUUAAAUAAUCUUAAUGGGCUUGUUGCCAAUGACCAUUUUGCAUUCAUUGGUCCAAGAGUUGCUUUAAAAGUCCUUUUUGGAUCAGAUGAACACAAAAUAGUCUUGUGUCAUGGAACGUGGCUUUUGCAGUAA